AUGAAGAUUGCAUUUUUUGUAGUAGACACCACUUCUACCACUUACAAUGCAUUGCUUGGCAGGGACUGGAUCCACCAAAGUCUAUGUGUUCCUUCCACUCUGCAUCAGCCAUUAGCCCUUUGGAAUGAAGAAGGAUUCAUGGAGAUAGUAGAGGCCGAUCCACGGCCAUUUCUGCCCUUUGCCAUGUGUUUUGAGGCAAGGUAUUACCAUGAUGACCUUGGUCCUUUCGCAUUCUUUGGAGUCAACCAGAACGGCCGCCCCUAUGAUGUCACGGCCCAAAGACUCAUUGAAGAUGGUCUAGCCAGUUCUCUAGAGGACUGGAAUAGACCUUUUGUUCUAAACCUCCAGAACUCUGAUGUUUAG